GAUUUUGAUUUUGCAUGCAAGUGAGAAUUGGGAGAGAUAGCUGGCAUUUCUAUAGUGGCACAUUUCUUUCCCCCUUGUGCCAUUCAAUUAUUUCUCUCUUCUUCCUCUCUUGAUAUAUAAUCAUUUAUGCUUUGUGGCAUUUACACAAUUAAUGCCAAUAACCCACAUACUUACAAUUCCCAUAACCUCUUCUUUUUCUGUGUGCUUCUUCUUCUUCUUCUUCUCUUUUUCUCUGCUGUCUUUUUGGUCAGUGGUGCUUCUGCUGCUCAGAGCUGUGUUUGACUCAUGAAGAUGCUAGUGGUAUUGCUCUUGUUGUUGAGUUUGGGCAAUGCAAUCAAACUCGGUGGAGAAGACGAAGAUUGGCCUUGUGAUUCUAAACUGCAAUUAAAACCAAGGCCGCAUAGUGUUUCCAUUUUGGAGUUUGGUGCUGUUGGGGAUGGCAAAACAUUGAACACUCUUGCUUUCCAGAAUGCCAUUUUCUAUCUCAAGUCUUUUGCUGACAAGGGCGGUGCACAGCUUUAUGUGCCGCCUGGAAGAUGGCUUACCGGAAGUUUCAACCUUACAAGCAAUCUCACGCUAUUUUUGGAGAAGGGUGCUGUCAUUCUUGGAUCUCAGGAUCCAUCUCAUUGGGAUAUUCUUGAGCCCUUGCCCUCGUACGGUCGAGGGAUUGAACUCCCAGGAGGGAGAUAUCGUAGCUUGAUAAAUGGAUAUAUGUUACAGGAUGUGGUCAUAACCGGUGAUAAUGGAACCAUCAACGGUCAAGGAUCAGUGUGGUGGGAUUGGUUUAGCUCUCAUACUUUAAACCAUAGCCGUCCUCAUCUUGUAGAGAUAGUUUCUUCUAAAGAUGUUGUUGUUUCAAACCUCACGUUUGUCAAUUCUCCUGCAUACAACAUUCAUCCAGUCUACUGCAGUAAUGUACAUAUUCACAACAUCUCUGUCUCUGCUCCCCCGGAGUCCCCUUAUACAGUUGGUAUAGUCCCAGAUUCUUCUAAUAAUGUGUGCAUACAAGAUUGCAGCAUUGGCAUGGGGUAUGAUGCCAUUGUCCUCAAGAGUGGCUGGGAUGAAUACGGCAUUGCCUAUGGAAGACCAACCACAAAUGUGCACAUCAGACGGGUCCAGCUACAAUCAUCUUCUGGUUCUUCUCUUGCCUUUGGUAGUGAGAUGUCCGGUGGCAUUUCUAAUGUGCUUGUGGAGCAGGUCCACCUAUACAACUCACUUAGUGGCAUUCAGUUUAGAACAACAAAGGGUAGAGGUGGUUAUAUCAGAAAUAUAAUCAUUUCAGAUGUCAAAAUGGAAAACAUCGGCGUGGCAUUUGGUGCGUCUGGUCAGUUUGGUUCCCAUCCGGAUGACAACUUUGAUCCUAAUGCCCUUCCAGUAUUGGAUCACAUCAGCUUACAGGAUGUGAUCGGUACCAACAUCUCUAUUGCUGGAAAAUUCACUGGGAUCAAGGAAUCCCCCUUCACUUCCUUUUGUUUGUCCAACAUCUCCUUGUCAAUCAGUUCAGGUUCUUCUACAAAUUCUUGGACUGCUUUUCGAUACAGACCUUGA